CCCCACAGCCUGGAGGACGCUGCGCUCGGGGUCGCUGCCGGCGCUCGCCGCUGCUGCGGCUCCUGCCCCGUCCUUCUCCUCCCCUUGACGGGAACGCCGCCCAGCCGAGGCAUGGUGUGCUCCAGCGCCGUGCUCAGAGCUCAGGGACAAUCGAGCUCCAGCCAGGACGAGCAGCAUGCUGGCGAGCCGGACCUGCUGUGGCUGGCCAACCUCACGGGCGCCCACAUCGGCUUGGCCCCGAUCUCGCAGGACCCCGAGGAUCGCUGCAGCAUUUGGGAGAACCUGGUGAGCCUGGUGGACUUCCAGUGCCCAGGCUUUCCGCUGACCUCGGAGGAGCUGUGCCACUACAUCGACAUCCCCCGCUCGUCCCAGUCCUGCGGAGCGAGCUCGGUGACAGCGUCUCUGUCCCCUCCCAUCCCCGGGGACAUUGAUUACAAGAACAACGCGAGCCUCAAGCCGCCCUACUCCUACGCCACCCUCAUCUGCAUGGCCAUGGAAGCCAGCAAGGAGCCCAAACUCACCCUGGCAGCCAUCUGCAAGUGGAUCAGUGACAACUUCUGUUAUUUCCGCCACGCUCAUCCCACCUGGCAGAGCUCCAUCCGGCACAACCUGUGCAUCAACAAACGCUUCAUCAAGGUGCCCCGGGAGAAGGGCGAGCCGGGCAGAGGCGCCUUUUGGAAGCUUCACCCCCAAUACGCCGAGUGGCUGAAGAGCAGCACCCUGAAGGGGCGCAGGACACCUCCGGAGCACAUCCCCACAGCCUCCAGCAGGAGAGCCCCGCAAGGAGCCCGGCGUGGCCCCAGCCCGGCCCCUCCGAGCAGCCCCCGGAGCAGCCUCGAGGUGGGAGCGGAGCUGCAGCGGCUGCUCCGAGAGUUCGAAGAGUUCGAAAGCAGCCACAACUGGAAUCCUCCUCCACCUUCCGAGGCCUCUUGGUUCCCCAGCGGUGCCUCGGGGGCUCGGGAGGAGCAGGGAGAGCUGACGGAGCUGAAGGGCAGUGCUGAUUGGGAAGCUCUGCUCAAUCCCCCCCCACCUCAGCCAGGAGAUUUCUCCACUCUGGGGCAGCUCCCACCUCCCACCCAGCCCGGAGCACCAGGGCAGCCCCUGGGCUGGCCACAAGGGCAGCAGCAAAUCCUGGCUAAGCCCAGCCCUACCAAGCCGGGUUUGGAUGAAACCCUGAUGGCCACGGCUUUCCUGGAGGCUGCGUGGCCCGAGGAGACGAGAGAGAACCUGUCCAGCAGCAUCCCCGUGGGGCACGGGGCUGGGAACACCUCCCUGCCAGGCGAGGAUGUCAUGGAUUGGGACUCCAUGGCCCACCUGAGUCUCUAUUAGAGAUAGGACGUUAGAUUAUAUUAGAUUAAAUUAGAUUCGAUUCGAUGAAAUUAAAUGGGAUGGAUUUAGGAGGGGCUGUGGGGGUGGGUGUAGAUGGUUUUGUAGAUGAGAUUUUCUUUUUGUUGCUUUCUGUUUUAUUUUUUUGCUCGGGGAAAUGAUGUUGAAGAAUUGCAUAGAUAUUUGGCCACUUUAUAUUUUUAAAUUUUAUUGACAAUUUUUAAGGAAUAGAAUAUAAAGAUCCAGCCCUGCCCUGCAGGCAGUUUGUGCCUGUGCCACGUCCCCACCCAGCCCUGGAGAUGCUCUGAAAAACUUCGGGGCCUCGUGGCUCCAUCCAGGGCAGUGACUUUAUUAGAGAUGGUAGAUAACUGAUAGAUGAUUGAUAAAU